GGCCAAUGGGGUGAAUUACUAUUUUUUUUACUUUGAACUGGGGACAGGUUGACAGUCUGCCAGUGGGUGGUUAGCUGGGAUUGUACCAACUGCUGAGACACACAAACUGCUGAGACAGCUGUGCUGAAAACAAUUAGAUCCCAGACCUAAACUCUGCCACAAGUGUCCCAAACUGCCCCGGAGGCCCCCAAACUCAUUCACUUCUCCAUCCGUGUGCUCCCUGCCAGGCUCUGGGCGCUCCUGCUGCUGGCGGGUCCUCAUCAAAGCUUCAGAUGGGCAAGGAAACCACAAGACCACCUGGGAGCAAAGCAAGCAUCAGCCUGAGGGGGCUCCUUGCUGCCCAGAAAUUCUCAAAGGAAUUCAAGAACCGAACUGGUGCCCGAAGCCAAUCAAGACUCCAGGUCUCUCAUCACAAGCCUAUCACCAUCAUCAAUGAGCAGAUUCCAGACUCAGUAGCGAACCCAAAAGAAAAAUUCUCUUGUGCCAAAGCAGAGGAGCUGAUCAGAGAAUAUUUACCAGCCAAACUUGCACAUGUUACCUACAAGCCUGAGAAAGGCGCCAGCCUCAGUACAGCUGUAAGUGAAGAAAUAAAACGCCUGGUCAAAACAGUCACCCCUCCUCGGUAUAAGCUAAUUGUCAACGUCACCAUCGGAAACAAAGACAAAGAUGAGAUUGCGGAUAUCAUGGUGACCAGCCAGUGUCUGUGGGACCCUCAUUCAGACAACUUCACCUCCUCCCAAUACAUGAACCCGACGCUUUUUUGUGUUGUUCUAGUACAUGCUGUUUAUUUUGAGUAGUCAUCAAAGCAUGCAUCUUUCACAUGUGAAAAGCAAAAGUAUGUUCCUAGAUACAAGUAAAGUAAGAGACCCUUGUGUUUGUCUGUACUUGUGCUACAGAAUGGCUCUAUACAGCCCACAGAAUAAAAAUGAGAGUCAGUGGUUGUAAAGAUGUAGAGAAAGAGCGGAUGCUGCAAGCAUCACACAAACUUGGGUGCUUGAAAACUUGUGUAUGCUCCAAAUAUCUCAUGUAAACUUGGGUAAACUGAAUACCUCAUUGUAGUCCAUCAUACUAUAAUAGCCUGCUCUUCUGUGACUCUUUUUGUCAGCAAUCUCCAAAUGCUUUACAAAAGGUCAGCAUUGUUCUAUAACCUGGAUGUAUUUUUACCACUAUCAUUGAGUAACUAUUGCUAAUGUGAUAUUUUUCAAGAGGGAAUUUGAUAUGUGAUAUAACUUUUCUCACUGAGAUUAACAUCUCCCCCAACCUGCUGAUGACGGUUUGGGCCUGGGUCUGUGUGAGAUGCAAAGACAGUUCAGUCCGGUCCCUGAAGAAUCCCAGGGAGAACUGCUGGCCCUACCUCACACUGGUCAGCAGAAUAAAUUCAACAGCUCCACUUGUCUCUGCCUUUCGCCCCGAUUCAGCCAAGUACUUACCUGUGCACUGCAUUUUGAACACGAGUCAUCCUAUUGAUUUUACGUACAGUAUAUACAGGUGGACAUGCAUUUAAGUGCUCUACCUGAAUCGGGGGCCAGCAUUGCCCUCUGGUACUGGCUGGGUUUUUCUCCUUUUAGAGUGUAGUAGAGACAUUUCCUCUCACAGGCUGGGCUUUUCUCCCUUCUGCAUUCCCUCUGCUGGGGAGCAUCACCACACAGGAUCUUUGGGACCUCUGGGACAGAAGGCACGUGCUGAGGUCCUGCCACACGUGACUCCAGGAUAUUCCCAGGUAGCAUGGAGAGCCAGCGCUGGCAGUCUGCUGCCUAAAAGGCAAACAGGCCAAAUGAAAUACUUGUAGCUGUUAGAAUUUAAAAAGAGCUUUGAUAUAAUAAGCAAAAGACUGUAGGAAGCUUUGGGAAUGCUGAAACAAGCAACCAUCUUCCCUGCAACACUGAUGUUUAAAAGCAGUGUAGGUGGGGGGCAACCAGAGCAGCAGCCUGAGACACCAUCUUUUGAGGUGGGAGGGCACCAAAAUAGCUGGUGCUGCACCACUGCCCCGUGUGCUGUUACUGCCCUGUGACGCCUCCAGCUAGAACUUUUGGCAUACAUGUUCUCACUUUGGUUUUCCUCCAUGGGCAACAUGUUAUGCCGAUUAUGAAGGGCUUACAUUUGAGUAUGCAAUGCAGACUAUACCAGCAAAGACAACACUAUGCCAGGGGAUAAGGCUCAAUGACAGAAUACCUAGCUCUUAGGUAGCACUUUUCAUCAACAGAUCCCAAAGUACUUUCCAGGGCAGGUCAGUCCCAUUCUCCCCAUUUCACAGAUGGGAAACAGUUUCUUCACAUAUUUUUCAAGGUUACCCACUAGGUCCAUUAGCACAGGGGUCUGCAACCUACAGCCUAUGUAGCCUUUGGAUCUGGCCUGAGUUGCACCUUUGGUGAUAUUUGGCAUUACAGGGCUCUCCCUGCGCUGUGCCGCAGUCAGCUGCUUGGGGCUUUGGCAGAUGGAGGCUU